AUGGUGGACGCUAAGCAAGCGUGGUUCCUUUGCGAGGUGGAGUUCCCACCAUGCACUGCGCACUUUCAAAAGUUUAACAUGGCGGCUGUAAACGUUUUGCGCGAGGACGCUAGAAGACUGCAAGAAAAAGAGUGUUGCGUCCAUUGAAUUGGUUAGUAAUAGUUCUUGCCGUAUUUUACUAAAAAUUGGAAGCCAGGUUUUUUUUUUUUUCUGGGCGAAAUGUUUUUUCCCCAUGUCUUGAUAUGAGCUACAAAAUCAAAACAAAAUAUAUGUUAAUUUAAGCUUAUGGGACAUUUAAGCUUAUGGGACAUUUAAGCUUAUAUAUGCAGGGUAGAGUCUGGUAGACAUAAAGUCAGAAACUUUUCUGUUUGUAGGCCCUGGGACACAGAAUGAUGCAACUAUAUUACACUGCUCGGCCUUUUUUGUUGAUUCCCCUUCCCCACCUUUGCUGCGGUGACUCCCCUAGAGAGGGACCCCAGGGGGGGGUACAUCGUACAGGAGUUAAAGUUACGGGAUGAUUAAAGGGGGCAAAAUCAAAACCCAUUAAAAUCCCUAGAGCUUCUAACAAAACCCCCAAAAAUCCCUGAAAAGAACACUAAGCCCCCAAAAUUCCCAUGCCUAAUUUCUGAGCCUUAAAAUUUUUCAAUAAACAAUAAUAUUAAAUGAUAUAACAUGCAAAAAAUGGAAAUUGAAUAUUGUACUAUCUGAAUUUAUCUUUAGAAAUUAUCUCUCCCUUGGCAUACACACAUGGUACUACGGCAAUCUCCAGAUUGUUUUAUAUACCCCAGCAAAUCCUUUCUUAAAUCAAGGCAGCAAAAAAUACUUGCUAAACUUCCCAAAAAAAUUCAUGGAGCAGAAAACUUCAAUCCCAAGAAAAUCCUUCAAUCAUCCCUGUCACUGUAACUUAAAAGUAACCCCAAGUAUGUUACAGGUUAAUAUUAACCCAUUUGCUCCUGGAGAUUUUGCCGAAAAACGCGUUUUGAAGCUAGUCGAGUGGUUUUCUGGUCACUGUCGUGCUAUAAAGAGCUAAAACUUACCACAAACUGCUUUACAGGUCGUACACUUCGCGGCCUUCUAAUCCAGAUGCAAAAUAUCAGCUUGUGAAGUUCGGGCAUGCGCAGAAAGCAAAAUUUCGAGAUAGUUUUUGGGUUUAAAAGUGACACAGCAGUCUUGACUUUUACUUUUCGCUUUCUCUCCUCCCUUCUUUUUUCGCUUUUCUUGCCUUAUUUUUUUUUUCUCUUGCUGGGCAUUUAGUAGGCUUUAAUUUGGUGGGAAGAGUUUUUAGGAAAGCUUUUAGGAUCUUAGGAUUAGGUGAAAGGAAAGGUAGCUGGGUAAUGGAACAAGAUUUUCAUGGAGAUUUUCAGGUCAAUGUCACGUGGUUUUUUGCUUCUUUCUCCGGUGUCCUUGACUGAAUUGUGCUCAUUCUGGUAUGGUUUGAAAGAUCUCUUCACUCUGCACAAGUUAGCGAAGAAAGUUGUCCUUGACCGUUAAAACUGAUGACGUCACAAAGGGUAGAAAGGACCUGGAUCCGCACGGGCGGUUACGGGCAGUUACGGGGCGAAUGGGUUAAAUUCUGGUUAAGAUUUUUAUUUAAGAAUUAGAGCUAGGAGAAAAAGGAAAUUUAACAAAAAAAGUAAGUGUGACAGUAUUAAGCAAUGGAAAGCCAGAAAAUAUAAUUUUAAACCUGAAUUUAAUUUUGACGUGUAACAGAAUAUGGCAAACAAGGCAUCAAUGAACUUGUUGCAAAUCCAUUGAAUCUCUAUUUUUUUUGUAGGCUAUGCAGUGUAUUUUUGACUCGAUUUAACACAAGUUUGCCAUGAUUUCCAGAGGAGCGAAAAUAGCAUUAGGAGGAGCAUUUUGUUUUGCCUCAGCUGUAAUAUUUCUAGUUCAUCAGAUGCAGAACACAGAUCGUAAGAGACUCAAAGAAGGUGUGAUUAGAGACAUAGAGAGACAAGAGAGAAAGAGAAAGAAUGUUGAAGAGUUACAGCAACAGAUUGAACUGACAAAGAAGUUGCAAAAACAAAGGGACAGUGAUUUGUCUAAUCAGAAAGAGAAUGAUGCAAGCUAA